AUGGACGUCGAACACUCUGCCGCCACCAAGCAGCCUAAUAGCGACCAGGACAAGGUCCAGGAUGGAUAUCAGGAUGGAGAUGCGCCGUCUCUCUCCGAGAACCGCUCCGAGACCCUCGGCGACACGGACCUGCUCGGCGGGGAGAAGCUGGACGCGGUGCUGACUGCGAAGAUGGCCUUGGUCAACGAUGCCAUUGACGAGAUCGGAUUCACCCCGCACCAGGCCAAGCUCUUCUGCCUCAAUGGCUUCGGAUACGCCGUCGACUCGCUCAUCCUGCUGCUGCAGUCCAUCGUCGCCACUCAGGCCACCCUCGAGUUCCAGCCCAGCUACGAUACUGGUUUAACUAUUGCCGUCUAUGUGGGAAUGCUGGUUGGCGCGCUGUUCUGGGGCUUCUCUGCCGACGUCAUCGGCCGUCGCUUCGCCUUCAACGUUUCUCUGUUCAUCUCGUCCAUCUUCACCAUUGUCGCCGGUGCUGCCCCGAACUGGAUCGUUCUCGGCCUGUUCACUUGUCUGAGUGCGUUUGGUGCUGGUGGAAACCUGGUUUUGGAUACGGCGGUCUUCCUGGAGUAUCUCCCCAGCCAGCAUUCAUGGCUGGUGACUCUGAUGGCCGCCUGGUGGGGCGUUGGACAGCUGAUUGCAGGCCUGUUCGCGUGGGCCUUUAUGCCGAACUACUCCUGCGCCGAUGCGGCCAGCUGCACCUACGACAACAACAAGGGCUGGCGCUAUGUCUGGUACACUUCAGGCGCCUUCGUCUUUCUCCUGUCGAUUCUGCGCAUCACCGUCGUCCGGCUGGAAGAAACGCCCAAGUUUCUUGUGUCUGAGGGCAAGGACGAGAAGGUGGUUGCAGUGCUCCAGGGAAUUGCCCAGAAGCAUCAACGCCCCUGCAGCCUCACCCUCGAGCGCCUAACAGCCCUGGGAGUAACGCGGACUCGCCAUUCCGGCGAGACUCGUCGCUCCUUCAAGCUGAUCUCUCUGCCCGAGCUCGGCUAUCACCUCCGUGGUCUCUACGCCACCCGCAAGAUGGCCCUAUCCACCAGCUUGAUCUGGUUUUCCUGGCUACUGAUCGGUCUGGCAUAUCCUCUUUUCAACGUCUUCCUACCGCUGUACCUGAAAUCGCGCGGCGCCGAGUUCGGUGACGAUAGCCCCUAUACUACCUGGAGAAACUACGCCAUCACCAACGCAUGCGGUAUAUUUGGCCCUAUUCUUGCUGGCUUCCUAUGUCGCACGCGCUGGUGCUGGGGCCGCCGAGGAACCAUGAUCCUGGGGGCGAUGGUCACCAUGGUGUUCUUCUUCUCGUACACAGCUGUACGAACGGCGGAUCAGAAUGUUGCAUUCACCUGCAUUAUCAACUUCUGUCUGAACAUUUACUACGGGACACUCUACGCCUAUACGCCAGAGGUCCUCCCAUCUGCCCACCGCGGCACAGGAAACGGCAUCGCCAUCGGACUGAACCGAAUCAUGGGAAUCGUGAGUGCCGUCGUUGGCCGAGAAGCAGAUACGAGCACCUCCGUCCCGCUGUACAUCUGUGCCGCUCUGUAUAUCAUCAUGGCCAUCGUCGCCGCAGCAUUCCCCUUCGAGCCGCUCGGUCGCCGCAGCAGCUGA